AUGGGCUGCUGCACGUCAAAUGUGUUUCAUGACGAAGAAAAGGGAUUUGACGACCAUUUGUUUCCAUAUUUGGACUAUGACGAACAGCCAGAAGAUGAAUAUAAACAACUGGACACUGAGAACGACCAGAAAGGGGACACUGCCGUUGAACACAUAUUUAAGAAGACCAAGUAAAC